AUGGCUCCGCGUCGCUUUCGCGGUGCUGCCACCUUAGUGGUGGGCUGCUUGCUGGUCUGUUGCUUGGAGCGAGGCUUUGUGAGCCCAACAAAUGCUACCAGGCGCUCUUUGGCAGCGGGCUUUGCCAGUGGAUUGGCAGGUGUGCUGGGUUUGGAGUCUGCUCAGGCAUAUGAUUUGCCAGAUUUGCCUUAUGCCUAUGAUGCCUUGGAGCCUUCUAUCGACAAAGCGACAAUGGAAUUCCACCACGACAAGCAUCACCUGACGUAUGUCACCAACAUCAACAAGGCAAUGGAGGGCAAGACACAGCCACCUCUUGUGGAACUGCAGAAGACUGCAAUCAAAGACGGUGCUGCCUUCCGCAACAGCGGUGGAGGUGCUUACAACCACAACUUCUUUUGGUUGGAGAUGGCACCCACUGGCAAGGGAGGAAAGCCCUCAGAGAAGCUGGCGAAAGCCAUUGAUGACUCUUUUGGAUCUAUGGACGACUUCAAGGCCAAGUUUGAGGCAGCCGGUGCCCCUGGAGCGCGCUUUGGCUCUGGCUGGGUUUGGUUGGUUGUUGACGGUGACAAGAAGCUGGCAAUUACCUCCACACCAAACCAGGACAAUCCUCUCAUGGAGGGUGUGGAAGGCACAGCAGGCAUCCCAAUCUUGGGCUGUGAUGUGUGGGAGCAUGCCUACUAUCUCAAGUAUCAAUACCGCCGUCCUGACUACAUCAAAGCUUGGUGGGAUGUGGUGAACUGGGAUCAAGUGAGUGCAUGGUAUGAGGAUGCCCUAGGCGGCAAAGCACCCACAGCUGACUCAGCCACCUCAGCUGCGGCCCUGAGCGGCACUCGCACAAACCCAUCGUCAUCUUUCAGCUUGAAGUUGGGCUUUGAAGCCAACGUUGGGAAGCCGCGAAAAGAGGCCGCCAAGACGCCUGCGCCAAAGAAUGAAGUGGUUCGAGACAUUGAGGUCAUUAUCCGUCAUGCUGUGGAAGAAGACCACCCGCCCGAUGAGGAGGUGCGAGUGACCGUCAAGAGCAAUGCGACCAUGAAAACAGUGAAAGAGGCCUUGAUCAAGCAUCUUGGAAAGCCAGAGCUUUUGCAGACGUGCCGCCUUGUGCAGCGUGCUGGCGAGAACGGUGCAUUCUCGGGCUUUAAGGAUUCGGAGAAGCUGAACAAUCGCCGUGCUCUCCUUGUUCUCGGGAUCCCAAGCUUAAGGACUGCUGGCGAUGAAGCGCUCGACGUCGUUCCACCUGGUGAAAGUCGGGGUCAACGCCAACCAGAGGUGGUACCGCAGAGACCUCCAGUGGCUCGAGUGGCGCCUCAACGGGAACCGCCGAAGUUGACGGUUCCACAAGCGUUGGCGCUUCAGCGUGACUUGCUGCAGGGCUUUUCUGAUGCGGACUUUCAGUCAAAGCGGAAGGAGCUCAUCCGACUGUACAAGCACAGUGAUCCGAAGCGGUUCGGUGCCGAGCGGCAGAAGCUCUUCCUUUCGGUUCAGAAGAUCGUUUUGCCAAACUAUGGUUUUGAGGCUGGCCCUAAGGGUGUCUUUGACAUGAUGGAACAGUUCGAUCGCCCCGAAUUUGUGAUGAACGCGGCCUUUCAGCAACAGGGAGCGGUGUUGAACCAGCUCCUGUUCACGGACGACCUUGUGGGCUCUUCCGAGGCGUCGGUCGAGCCGGCCAGCCAAGUUGGUCGAUCAGUGCGGGAGACCUCAAAGAGGCUGCCAGAAGUGGUGCGAGACAUUGAGGUCAUUGUCCGUCAUGCAGUGCAAGAGAAUCAUCCAUAUGAUGAGGAGGUGCGAGUGACUGUCAAGAGCAACGCGACCAUGAAAGCAGUGAAAGAGGCCUUGAUCAAACAUCUUGGAAAGCCAGAGCUUUUGCAGACGUGCCGCCUUGUGCAGCGUGUUGGCGAGAACGGUGCAUUCUCGGGCUUUAAGGAUUCGGAGAAGCUGAACAAUCGUCGUGCUCUCCUUGUUCUCGGGAUCCCAAGCUUAAGGACCGCAGGCGACGAAGCGCUCGACUUGAAAGCGCCAAGUGAUCCAAGCCCACCAAGCCCACCGAGCCCACGGCAAAGCGAUCAAAGUCCACCAGAUGCAGUCCAGGUACCUCCGCAGAGACCUCCAGUGGCUCGAGUGGCGCCUCAACGGGAACCGCCGAAGUUGACGGUUCCACAAGCGUUGGCGCUUCAGCGUGACUUGCUGCAGGGCUUUUCUGAUGCGGACUUUCAGUCAAAGCGGAAGGGAGUCUUUGAAAUGAUGCAGCAGUUCGAUCGACCAGAGUUUGCGGCUGACAUCACGUUCUUGCAACAGGGCGACGUUUUGAAUCAGCUGCUGUUUGCUGACGAACUUCCAGAAUCUGAAGCUUCUCAGGCUGUCAAGCCUCGAAAAGAGUCCAAGAUGCCUGUAGCAAAGAAUGAAGUGGUUCGAGAUAUUGAGGUCAUUGUCCGUCAUGCUGUGGAAGGAGACCACCCGCCCGAUGAGGAGGUGCGAGUGACUGUCAAGAGCAACGCGACCAUGAAAGCAGUGAAAGAGGCCUUGAUCAAACAUCUUGGAAAGCCAGAGCUUUUGCAGACGUGCCGCCUUGUGCAGCGUGUUGGCGAGAACGGUGCAUUCUCGGGCUUUAAGGAUUCGGAGAAGCUGAACAAUCGUCGUGCUCUCCUUGUUCUCGGGAUCCCAAGCUUAAGGACCGCAGGCGACGAAGCGCUCGACUUGAAAGCGCCAAGUGAUCCAAGCCCACCAAGCCCACCGAGCCCACGGCAAAGCGAUCAAAGUCCACCAGAUGCAGUCCAGGUACCUCCGCAGAGACCUCCAGUGGCUCGAGUGGCGCCUCAACGGGAACCGCCGAAGUUGACGGUUCCACAAGCGUUGGCGCUUCAGCGUGACUUGCUGCAGGGCUUUUCUGAUGCGGACUUUCAGUCAAAGCGGAAGGAGCUCAUCCGACUGUACAAGCACAGUGAUCCGAAGCGGUUUGGUGCCGAGCGGCAGAAGCUCUUCCUCUCUGUUCAGAGAAUUGUUUUGCCAAAGUAUGGUUUUGAAGGAAGCGCGAAGGGUGUCUUCGAAAUGCUGCAGCAGUUUGAUCGACCAGAGUUUGGGGCGGACGUUACUUUUUGGCAACAGGGAGACGCCCUGAACCAGCUGCUGUUUGCCGACGAGCUUCCAGACACUGAAGCUUCCCAGGUUGUUAAGCCGCGUAAAGAGGCUGCCAAGGCAAAGAAUGAAGCGAUCCGAGAUGUUGAGGAGGUGCGAGUGAUUGUCAAGAGCAACGCGACCAUGAAAGCAGUGAAAGAGGCCUUGAUCAAGCAUCUUGGAAAGCCAGAGCUUUUGCAGACGUGCCGCCUUGUGCAGCGUGUUGGCGAGAACGGUGCAUUCUCGGGCUUUAAGGAUUCGGAGAAGCUGAACAAUCGCCGUGCUCUCCUUGUUCUCGGGAUCCCAAGCUUAAGGACCGCAGGCGACGAAGCGCUCGACUUGAAAGCGCCAAGUGACCAAAGCCCACAACCAGAGGCUGCACUGCAGAGACCUCCAGUGGCGCAGGUGGCCCCUGCAAGCCGCGAAGCGCCGAAAUUGACGGUUCCAUUAGCGCUGGCGCUGCAGCGUGACUUGCUGCAGGGCUUUUCUGAUGCAGACUUUCAGUCGAAGCGGAAGGAGCUCAUCAGACUGUACAAGCACAGCGAUCCGAAGCGCUUUAGCGCCGAGCGGCAGAAGCUCUUCCUCUCUGUCCAGAAGUUCGUUCUGCCAAAGUAUGGUUUUGAAGGAGGUCCUAAGGGUGUCUUUGACAUGCUGCAGCAAUUCGAUCGAUCAGAGUUCAUGUCGAACAGCACCAUCAUGCAACAGGGAGAUGCGCUGAACCAGCUGCUCUUUGCCGACGAACUUCCGGAAGAAACUCUGCAGGAGCAAAAGAAGAGUCGCAAGGAAGCGGAGACAGCUGAGGUCCUUCUGACCAUCCGGAAUGCCAUUGAGGAGGAUCAUUUGAAGGAAGUUCAGCUGAAGGUGAAGAGCAGCUGGACCAUCAAAGAGAUCAAGCAGGCUUUGGCAGAGCAGCUGGAGGAUCCACAAGUUCUUCAAACCUGUCAUUUCGUGCGAAGAGUUGGGGAGAGUGGAGCAUUCUCCUCAUUGACAGAUUCAGAAAGGUUGGGAAAGCGCAGGAACCUCUUGGUCAUUGGACUUCAGAACAUCCAAAGCGAGGAACGUUUGAAGGGCCAGCGAAAGUCGUCCCGUUUGACUCCCAAAGCGGUAAAGAUCACGCCGGCACAAGCCAUUGCUUUACAAAAGGACCUCUACGAUGGCUUCUCAGCUCCCACUUUCCGUGCGCGAUUGGAGAAGUUGUGGGAGCAGAAACCAACCAUGGAAGUGAGGAAAUUCCGGGUGGAGCGGCAAAAGCUCUUCCUGACCGUGCAAAGUGUGGUGCUGCCAAAGUACGGUCUUGAGGGGAGCCAGCGUGGAGUCUUCGAGAUGCUCAAUCAGUUCGAUCAGCCGGACUUGCACUCCAAUGAGGAGUUUCAGCAGAUGGGAAACAUGCUCAACGAUCUUCUAUACAAAGGCGAACCUGCAGUUGCUGGAAGCAACGAGUUUGGUCCAGCCGAUGCACCAAAAGAGGUGCAGAUCCGCGUGAGACGAGCGGGCAAUGAGAACAAGGAAGAGGUGCAUGUCAUUGUGCCGAGCAAUGCUUCCAUGUUGGAUGUGCGGAGGGCCGUUGCGCGUAAGUGCAACAAUCCCAGCUUCGUGCAGCAGGGCCGCUUGGUGAAGAAUCAGGGUGGCGUUUUGGUUGGCUACCAAGACUUGGAGCAGAUCCGCGGUCGCAGGAGGCUGUUGUUUGUUGGCCCUCCGCUGUGGCCCAAGGGUGUGCCGCAGGCCGUCGACAGUGGGUCCGAGGAGAGUGAAAGUCCCGGUGAAAGUCCUGGCACGUUGUCACUUCAAAGCGCCAAACGGUUCUUGGAGAAGGUGAAGAAUGCAUGUGCCAGCGAUGAGUUUCAACAGCAGCUCCUAGAUGCAACAGCAAGAGCUCGUAAGAAGUCAGAUACAGCACUUCUGCGGAUGGGCAUUGGAGCGCUGUUCAUCUCCUCAUGCCGACACUUGCUGAGGAAAUUUGGCUUCCCAGACACUCGUCAGGGGUAUGAUCAAAUGUUUGGCGCCAUCUUCCCUCAUGGGCAGGAUCCAAAAGUCUUUGAACUCACCAGAGAUAUUGAGAAGCUUUUAGGUGUUGCACCUGGAUCCUGGUUCGGCAUCAACACUGAGGAAGACAACUUGCAGGACACACCUGAGCUCAGCCAAGAGGAGGCGAAAAGGCUCGUAACUGAAGUGAGAAGAUUGGUGGCAGCCCCGAACUUUCAACGAGAACUUGCAGAACUGCCUGAAAGUGUGGACACACCGCGAGAGCAGCAGGUCUACAUGUCUGUCUACCAGCUCCUGAGACCCACCUUGUUGUCCUUUGGCUUCCGUGGCGAUCCUCAAUGUCUUCAGCGCUUGCAACAGACCUUGACGGAGCACCUGGCAGAUCCCAAGCUUCGCAGCGUCAUUUUUGAGGUGGAAACCGAGCUGUUGCGUGUGGAUGCUGGUUCACUCCUGGGCAUUCAUGGCGCAGUUUCAAGCAAGGACAGAGCUGAGAUGGACACAGUCAAGCUGCGCAUCCGACAUGCGAUCAGCCACUCAGAGGUUCGACUGACCGUCUCAUCGGAGGCCGCCAUGGGCGAGAUCUUAGAGGCUUUGGCAAGAUCCGUCGGAGACGACGAUAUCAAGAAGCACGGCCGGUUCGUGGAAGCUCGACGUGGCGGAGCCUUCACAUCCUUUCAGGCGAGCGAGAAACUUGGCAAGCGUCGGCGGCUUCUGUUCCUAGGUGUGGAGUUGCCGAGCAAGAUGGAAAAGGACUCAACUCUGAAGGGUUCCAAUCUGACCAGGGAGCAAGCCAUUCAGCUUCAACUUGAGCUGCUGGAAGAGUUCAAAUCGGAUGCAUUCCAACAGCAGUUGAAGGACCUGCAGGAGACCUUCCACAAUGCUGCCGCCUUCUACGUGGAGAGACGCAAACUGAUCCUCUCGGUUCAGACAAGAGUCAUCCCAAAGUUUGGCUUCGCUCGAGAUCUUGGUGGAGUAUUGGAAAUGGUCCGCGUGCUUGGCAGCUUCCCUGACGACACUGGAGAGCUGAGCCAAAGAGGAUGGGAGAUUGAGAGGUUGAUCGGUGAAAGAGAGGCAUCAGAGCAAAGAAAGGAAAAUCUCGACAGAGGACGAGAAACUGAUGCAUCAGAUGAGGUACUUGAAGUUCAGGAUACCAGUGGCAUGGAAGAGCCCGGUGAAGAUGGACCUGCCUUCGGACAAGUUGAUACAGACUAUGAGGCUCCUGGUGCCAGUGACUUUCUGAAUGCCCUGGACAAGCUUGAUGAUGAGAUGCGCGACACGGACGUUGGGGAGGAUAGCGAGGGAAACUUUGCUAUCCAAGCAGGUAAGGCAGCAAAAACCAAAGAAGUGGAGGAUGCGAUACAGCCAGAGCAGGAAAGCGAAACUGAGCAGGCCAAGCAAACCGGGGAGGUCAAGCCAGCUGAGGAGGCAAGACAAGCUGAGGAUGCCAGGCCAGCCGAGAAGGGCAAACAAGCAGAGAACGCCAUGCUACUUGAGACAAAAGCAGGUGAAGAAGCAACACAAGUGAAGGAGAACAGGAAGACCGAGGAAGCACGACAAGCAGAGGAAGCCAAUCUGGCUCAGGGGGCCCAGAAAGCAGCUGAGGAGGAGAGGAAAGCUGACGAAGCAAGGCCAGCUGACGAGGCCACGAAAGCUCACGAAACACAACAAGCUAAGGAGGCUAACCUGGCCGAGGAGGCGAGGAAAGCCGAGGAGACAAGAUUAGCUGAAGAGGCAAGACAAGCUGAGGAGGAGAGGAAAGCUGAGGAGGCAAGACUAGCUGAAAAAGAAAGGCAGACUGAGGACGAAAAGAAAGCUGAGCAGGCAAGACUAGCUGAAGAGGAAAGACAAGCUGAGGAGGCAAGACAAGCUGAGGAGGCCAGAAAGGCUGAGGAAGCAAGACAAGCCCAGGAGGCCAAGCUGGCUGAAGAGGAAAGACAAGCCGAGGAGGCGAGACUAGCUGAGGAAGCAAGGCUAGCUGAACAAGCCAGGAAAGCUGAGGAGGCAAGACGAGCUGAAGAGGAGAGAUUGGCCGAGGAGUCAAGACAAGCUGAAGAGGCCAGAAAAGCGGAGGAAGCAAGACAAGCUGAGGAGGCCAAGCUGGCCGAAGAGAAAAGACAAGCCGAGGAGGCGAGACUAGCUGAGGAAGCAAGACUAGCUGAACAAGCCAGCAAAGCUGAGGAGGCAAGACGAGCUGAAGAGGAGAGAUUAGCCGAGCAGGCAAGACAAGCUGAGGUAGCAAGACAAGCUGAGGAGGCAAGGAAAGCCGAGGAGGAAAGACUAGCUGAGGAGGCUAGAAAAGCAGAGGAAGCAAGACAAGCCGAGGAGGCCAAGCUGGCUGAGGAGGCCAAGCUGGCUGAGGAGGCCAAGUUGGCCGAGGAGGCCAGGAAAGCUGAGGAGGCCAAGAGAGCCGAGGAGGCAAGACAAGCUGAGCAGGCCAAGAGAGCUGAGGAAGCUAGACAAGCCGAGGAGGCCAAGAGAGCCGAGGAGGCUAGACAAGCUGAGGAGGCCAAGCUAGCUGAGGUGGAGGUGAGUGUAGAACCUGCCUGCAAAGUUGCCAUAAAUGCCGCUGACGCUCAGCAGCAAAACAAUGACGAAAUCUGUGAGGAACCCCAAGACUCAGAGUUUGAUGCGGUUCAUGAGAAAGACUUUGCCGGACAAGUUGCAGCUGGAGCAUCCGCUCCCCUGGUGGCAGAGGACACUGACCUGGGGGGGAGGCCGGAAACGGCUAGCCCUUCCGAGAAGCCUUCAGAAAGUGAGCUGCAGGAGGAAGAAGAGGAAGAAGUUGAUGAAGACUGGGAUGAGGUGCUGUACUUGCAUCGACCCCACUUGAUCUUUGGAUUCUUUGGUGAUGAUUCGUUAUUUGACGUCCUAUUGAGUUCUACUGUACAGCUGGUGUAUUAUGAUGGGUACAAUCCAGGUGUGGAAGAAGUACAAGCUGUUGGACGCUGCUCGUUUGUUGGCUCACAGGAAUCCUAA